AUGUCGAUCACGUAUGAAGAAGCACUGGCGACACUUGAAUCCAUGUUUGGCAAUCCAUGGACGCGCGAAACCCUCGAUGCGAUUCUUAGGAAUCAGCAGGGGCACAUGGAAAACACUGUCGACCUUAUUCUUCGCCACGGCAGUAAGAAUCCGCAAGUGCUGGUUGAUCAAUUAAAUCAGGGAAUCAACCCGGAAGACUCUGCAACAGCUCUGGACGCGGAACUUGCUCGGCAGCUGGCCAACAACGAAAAGUCUCGGAGCCGUCAAGGAGCAGUUACUGGUUCUUCCUCGAGUCCUCCCUCAACAGGACGAGCGGGCCGUGGGACUCCUACAACCCUCCCUGACGAUUUUCUGCGCAUUUCCAGUCGACCAGUAGCCACGGCAGGCCCGGAGGAUCAGCUGGAAAGCGAUGCAGCGCUGGCCCGGAUGCUUCAAGACGAGCUGUUUUCGGAAGAGCUGUCCCGAAAUCCAGAUUUUGCACAUUUAGCCCGUGGGCGGCCUCGAGUGUCUGACGGCCGGAAUCGUAUUUCGGAUUCCCGGCCUGUUCCUCGCAACCAGGCAAACGCUUUUUCUCAGCAGUCACCUAAUGUGAUGAAGAAAAUAUCUGAAUUAGGAGACAACGCACGCCGUCGUUUGCAGAUGUUGGCAGCCCAAUUUAACGCCAACAACAAUAACAACAAUCAACGCAACACGUCUGGGGCAUCAAGUGCAGCAGCAACCGGUGCCGAAGUACGAGGCCUGCUUGACGGAGACGAUGAUGAUAUGGAAUUGGCGGCCCGCAAAGAUUUGUGA